UUGCUGCGCGUGCCGGGCGGGGAAACGGCGCGAGCCGGGCGCCUGAGAACGUUCGCCGCGGGGGCGGCUCCGGGGCCUGAGCGGGCGCAGCCGCCACCUCAGCCGCCGGGGCCGGGCCGGAGGAGGCGGAGGAGGCUGCGGCCGCCCGAGACCCUCUCGACGUCCCCAGCUCCGGCCGGGAAGAUGAUUGAGGAAAGUGGGAACAAGCGGAAGACCAUGGCAGAGAAGAGGCAGCUGUUCAUAGAAAUGCGUGCUCAGAAUUUUGAUGUCAUACGACUAUCAACUUACAGAACAGCUUGCAAAUUACGAUUUGUACAAAAGCGAUGCAACCUCCAUCUUGUUGAUAUCUGGAACAUGAUUGAAGCCUUCCGAGACAAUGGCCUUAAUACACUGGACCAUACCACUGAGAUCAGCGUGUCCCGCCUCGAAACUGUCAUCUCCUCUGUCUACUACCAGCUGAACAAGCGCCUUCCUUCUACUCACCAAAUCAGUGUGGAGCAGUCGAUCAGCCUCCUCCUCAACUUUAUGAUUGCUGCAUAUGACAGUGAGGGCCGAGGCAAGUUGACCGUAUUUUCAGUUAAAGCUAUGUUAGCAACGAUGUGUGGUGGAAAAAUGCUGGACAAAUUGAGAUAUGUUUUCUCCCAGAUGUCAGAUUCCAAUGGCUUAAUGAUAUUUAGCAAGUUUGACCAGUUUCUGAAGGAAGUUCUGAAGCUCCCAACAGCUGUCUUUGAAGGGCCAUCUUUUGGUUACACAGAGCACUCAGUCCGCACCUGUUUUCCACAGCAGAAAAAGAUCAUGCUAAAUAUGUUUUUAGACACAAUGAUGGCCGAUCCUCCCCCCCAGUGCCUUGUCUGGCUACCUCUCAUGCAUAGGCUUGCCCAUGUUGAGAAUGUCUUCCACCCCGUGGAGUGCUCCUAUUGCCGGUGUGAGAGUAUGAUGGGCUUCCGGUACCGAUGCCAGCAGUGCCACAACUACCAGCUCUGCCAAAACUGCUUUUGGCGUGGCCACGCCAGCGGCCCUCACAGCAACCAACACCAGAUGAAGGAGCACUCCUCCUGGAAAUCCCCUGCAAAGAAGCUGAGCCAUGCAAUUAGUAAAUCUUUGGGGUGUGUACCCACCAGAGAACCCCCACAUCCUGUUUUUCCUGAGCAACCAGAGAAACCACUUGACCUUGCAAAUAUAGUUCCUCCUCGUCCUCUGGCCAACAUGAACGACACCAUGGUGAGCCACCUGUCCUCUGGGGUGCCCACCCCCACCAAGAGGUUACAGUAUAGCCAGGAUAUACCCAGUCACUUGGCCGAUGAGCAUGCGCUGAUAGCCUCCUAUGUGGCCCGUCUGCAACACUGUGCACGUGUCCUGGACAGUCCUAGCCGACUGGAUGAGGAACACCGGCUUAUAGCUCGCUAUGCUGCCCGGCUGGCUGCAGAAGCAGGAAACGUGACCCGUCCUCCUACUGACUUGAGCUUUAACUUUGAUGCCAACAAACAACAAAGACAGCUUAUUGCAGAACUGGAAAACAAAAACAGGGAGAUCCUGCAAGAGAUUCAGCGUCUCCGUCUGGAGCAUGAGCAGGCUUCCCAGCCCACCCCCGAGAAGGCCCAGCAGAACCCCACGUUGCUGGCUGAGCUGCGGCUGCUGAGGCAAAGGAAAGAUGAACUGGAGCAGAGAAUGUCGGCGCUGCAGGAGAGCAGGCGCGAGCUGAUGGUUCAGCUGGAGGGGCUGAUGAAGCUGCUGAAGGAGGAAGAGCAAAAGCAGGCAGCUCAGGCCACAGGAUCACCACAUACAUCCCCCACUCACGGAGGUGGCCGCCCGAUGCCCAUGCCUGUCCGCUCAACGUCUGCUGGCUCCACCCCCACCCACUGUCCGCAAGACCCACUGAGCGGAGUCGGGGGAGACAUGCAGGAGGCCUUUGCACAAGGUACGAGGAGAAACCUCCGCAGUGACCUGCUGGUGGCCGCUGAUUCCAUCACCAACACCAUGUCAUCCCUGGUGAAGGAGCUCCACUCAGGUGAAGCCCAGAGCUCCUGCCCGGCCUCACGCGCCCCUUUCCAUCCCCACGCCCUCCUCACGUCCUCGCCACGUGGUAAAACAUCAUCACGUAGCACACGCCACCUCAGUUCACCACUCAGCCUUUUUGCCUUCUAGGAACACACUGGACGUCUUGGCCCAGGGAGCCUCUCUGCCACACGUGAUCACACAGAGACGCUGACACGUUAUGUUUCUCUCAAGAAUGCUCCUUGCAGGACAGACCCAAUCCAGACUUUAAAGAAGUUCAGAGCCCCACGCACACACAGUUAGCCCCUUCCCUGCUUCAUUCGUCCUCCACCAGCUCUCCGUCCACAGCCUCUCUCCCCCCAGGGCUGCGCGACCGCCUCGUUCUGAGGCUUUCCUGGAAGACUGGAACUGAAUCAGCCACAAAAGCUUCUGGACUUUCUCCCAGUUGCCUUUCUGCUCUCUCCUAGUUGAUUUGGUUUUGAAACUCUACUCUCUCCUUUUGUCCACGACUAGGCUCUGAUUUCAUGUGACGUUUGUGACCUGAGUCUGUUGCUCCUUCGCUCCUCUGUCCAGUCUUCCCUGUGGCUCCUUCCUCAGUCUCUCCAUCACUUAGAUAUUUCACUGAUUUUCCAGACACCCUUACCUCAUUGUUCCUCUUACAUAAAACCCAUGAAAGAGAGAAAUAAUAAAAGGCCAUUCCCCUAUCGUCAUAUUUUCAAGACUCCCCAUGACUCUCUUCAUUUUAUGACUGCCAGGUAUUUACUAAUCGGUGUAGAGUAAUCAGAUUCCCAUGUUCCGUAUUAAACACAUAGGUUCCCUUCCUGAGCACUACAUAUGGCCCUCCUUUGUUCUUUUCACCUAAUAUAAUGCUUUUGAAUAUGUUGAAGUCGCUUAACAAGGUUAUUAAAUAAAAAUAUAAAGCAGUGUU